AUGGGCCGGGUUACUAUCGGGUUUAGACGUAAUCGGUUCAGAACUAAUAUAACCAAGAACAACAUUGCACCUUUUAUACAGGUAUGGUUAGUUGGGGAAGAUUUGACGAAAGGUGAGCAAUCCAUGGCAUCGAAAGGAACACUAUUUAUUCUCAUUUCGCAGUUCCCUCCAAAGAAAACUAGGAAGGAUUGUUUCUAUCUGACUGCUCCAGCUAUGCUAGCUCCUAAAUCUUUUGAGAACUUGCAUUCUUGUGAGAAUUGGUUGACAAGAAGGGUGAUGAGUGCUCCACGGGUGGCCGGAAUUGUGCACGCCUUGGAAGGGUGGAACGCCAAUGAUUGUGGAGAUAAGACCUUCGACAUAGACAAAGUUUGGGAAGCUUCCCUUCGACAUGGAUUUCGCCCAUUCUUGACACUUUCCUAAUAGAUUAAUUA